AUGGUCGCAGCGGAUCCGGAGCGGCGCCCGGGCUUCAGCAGGAGGGGUCGGGGGAAGACCCGCACCAUAUCCCUGGAUGAUCUGGUAGACCUGCGAGCCGCCGUCUCCCUGGCCCCCAUAGCGCUGCAGGACGGGGAGCACGACUUGCAGGACAGUGCCAUCAACAGCCACGUCUGGAAGGUCCUGCUGAGGCUCAGGCUCGCGGGUCAUGACACAUACUUGGUCGGGGGUGCCAUUCGUGACGUGCUGCUGGGAGGCACGCCCAAGGACACCGACAUCCUGACCACUGCCACGACAAAGGAGGUGCGGAGGCUGUUCAAGCGCGCCAUGAUCGUGGGCCGCGCCUUCCCCAUCUGCCACGUUCCGACGGGACCCCUGACCCUGGAGGUGUCCUCCUUCGGCACCACCACCGCGGGGGUGGGCCUGCCGCCGGACGCCGCCGCGAGGGCUGCGGCGCUCGGCGCCGGUGGGGCCCUGACCCACGACGCCGUGGCGGCGGCGGAGCGGCGCCGCGCGCACCGCCUCCUGAGGGACGGCGGGCCGGGGGAGGGGGCCCAGGAUCCGGCCCCCGACAACUUCCUGCUCCCCCAGCCGUCGUGGUCGCAGGCGCGGCGGGAUAACGCCAUCCAGCGCGACUUCACCGUCAAUGGGCUGCUGUACGAGCCAUUCAGCCGCACGCUGUACGACUAUGUGGGGGGCCUACAGGACUGCAGGAACCGGGUGCUGCGCACCAUCGGCCCCGCCGCGCCGUCCUUCCAGACGGACCCCGCGCGCAUGCUGCGCGCGCUGCGCCUCGCGGCCCGAGCCGGGCUUGCGCUGGAGGCCGGCACGCGCCGCGCUCUCGUCCAGGGCGUGCACCAGAUGGCCGGCCUGAACUUGGCCCGGGUGCAGAUGGAGAUCCACGCCAUGCUGGCCUACGGCUCGGCCGCCAGCUCACUGGACCUCAUGUGGCGCUACCACGCCAUGGACGUGGUGCUGCCCCAGGUCGCGGCGCACCUGGCGGCUUGCGGCGCGCCGCGGGACCGGCGGCGCAGCAAGCGCCCCUCCCCUCUCCUCUUCCGAAUGGCCGAGGUCCUGGACCGGCAUGCGUCCCCCCUCCGGCCGCUGUCGGUGGUGGCGUGGACCGCGACACUCAUGGCUGGGCUGAUGGCGCCGGGCCUGCGCCGGCUGCACGACCCGGAGGCCUCAUCCUCACAGAACCCCGGCGAAGAAGCCGCCGCAGUGCUGCUGCGGUGCUGGGACGAGCUGUCUUGGGGGGCGGGGGAGAGGCGCAGGGGGAAGCGUGGCGCCGAGGACCUGGAUGCGGUGGCGCGACAGGUUGUGGACGUGCUGCGGGACCCGGAGGCUGGCUGGCUGGAGGCGUGCGGCAUGGACAGGCAGGGGGUUGAGCAGCCUGACGAGGCAGGGGAUGGCCGGCGGGACGCCGCCAAGACUGGUCACGGCCCGGGCGACGAGGUGAAGUACCUCUUCGACAUGGUCAUGUUUUCCCUCUUGGAGCAGCACCUUUUGGAAAGACACGGACAGGGCAACUGGGCGGUUUACACGAUACCGGAGGCCUCCCUGGCGCGCGCGGAAUGCAUCGCCUACUCUGACUUCCAGGGCGAUGCUGUGCUGUUGAAGAGCGCCACUGCUGGCAGCGCCCCAGCCCAUCCAGGCGCAGCCAUCUCGAGCUGCGGCCGGAGGCUGGCUGGAAGGGGGGCCCACGCAUUUGGGAUCAGGAGCUUGUCCCCCCUUGGCGCCUCCGCCCGCGUGAAGGGCAUCGAGAAGCGGCAUCGCUCCAAGCGGGGGCUGGCCUGCGACGUCCCCGGCGUGGGCACGCUACAGAAGAAGCUGCGGUAUGAGCAUGACCCCUCUGGGGGCGGGCUGUCCCCCAUGCACAUGUAA